AAGAGAGAUUCAGAGGAAGAAAAAUGGGUGAAAUUUGGGGAAAUUGGUGUUUGUUCUUCAUCCCUAAGCAAGACAAUAUUAUUGCUUUUCUAUGGCUGGUCAAGACAAGGACACUGUAUCUCUUGAGGAGCAAGCUCCUCAACAAAACUGGAGUUUUGCCAAGGACUUAUGGGAUUGCGAGUACAUCUGGGCCAAACGCUGUCCGGAAAAUGGAGUGGCCUGAGCUGGUAGGCAUGACCGUAGAAGAAGCAGAGAGAAAGAUAAAGGAGGAUAUGCCGGGGGUUCAGACUCAGGUGAUUGAGCCAAACUGUCUUUUUACCAUGGAUUUCAACCAACGACGGGUUCGAUUGUUAGUUGACUCUUCAGGAAAAGUGCAGAAACCCCCAAGACUUUGCUAAAACCCCACUCUGUUAUGACUCCAUCCAUUCCAAGGUAUGUCUAGGCCUUUGUUUUACUGUGUUUGAAAAUUCCUCCUGUUUUUCCAUUUACCAAUGAACUCUUGGUUGGCAC